CGAACUACAAUGAAUCUUCAUUUCUAUUGCAUUAUUGUCAUACAUUUAUUCAGACUGUAUAAAUGUUCUGACUUCGAUCAAUUCGUUGAUUAUGUAAGUGAUAAUUUGAAAUACAGUGAAGGGUAUAUUCCUCGAAAAAAUAACAAGGAUUCAGUGGAAACUUGUGAUUCUUCUGUCCAUUAUUAUGGAGAGUACGAUUUUAUCAUUGUUGGAGGAGGAUCGGCUGGAUCAGUGUUGGCGAAUAGACUCUCGGAAAUCAACGACUGGAAAGUACUUUUGUUAGAAGCCGGGGGCAAUCAAACUGAUUUUAGUGAUAUACCAGCAUUUAAUGGCUAUGUAUUGCACUCACACAUGGAUUGGGGAUAUUAUGCAAAACCCAGUAAAACGUUUUGCCAAGGAAUGGUAAAUAAACAAUGCAGUUUUCCUCGAGGAAAGGUACUGGGAGGUUCUGCAGUUUCGAAUGUAAUGGUAUACCAUAGAGCAUCCCCCUUAGAUUAUGACUUCUGGGCAAGUUCAGGCAACGAUGGUUGGUCUUACAAGGAAGUUUUACCAUACUUCAUCAAAUCUGAACGAAUACAAAUAGAUGAAUAUGACCACGGAUACCACGGUACUAACGGUCCUCUUCGUGUUAACUAUACAGCACCACAUUCCACUGUGUCAGAACCUUUCUUCAGAGCUUGUGAAGAAAAAGGAUUGAAAAGGAUUGAUUACAACGGAAAAGAUACACUUGGGGUAUCGAGAGUGCAAUUCAAUAUAAAUUUCAAUAAACGUGAUAAUAGUGCACAUGCUUUCCUUGAUCCUAUAAUCGAUAAUCGAUCUAAUCUGAGAGUGCUACUCAAUGCAUUCGCCAUCAAAAUUUUACUGAAAGGUUCUACCGCUGAGGGAGUUGAGUUCGUAAAAGAUUGCAAAAGAUACAUCGUGAAAGCCAGAAAGGAGGUUAUUUUAUCUAGUGGUUCCAUUAACAGUCCCCAACUUCUGAUGAUUUCUGGAAUCGGACCAAAAGAGGAGCUGAACAAACACAAAAUAGAAGUAAAAAAUGAGUUGCCAGUGGGAAGACAUAUGAAAGAUCACACAAUGUUCUUCAAUUUGGUGUUCAGAAGUAACGAAGUUGCACCAAACAAAACCCUCAGAGAAAACUUGGAGAGAUACAUCAAAGGCGAAACUCCUCUCACCAAUGCACUAGGAGUUGAAAAUGUCGCUUUCAUCAACACAAAAAUGCCUGGGAAAGGAUUACCAGAUAUAGAGCUCAUAACUUCUCCACCACCUCUUGGCGUAGCAAACAAAUUACAGUCUAUUUUAUUCUUCAAUUUCGAUAGUGAUGUCAGUAAAGUUUUCGAUGCUUACAAUCCCCUAACCGACUUCUCAAUAUACGUAGUCUUAUUGAAUCCCAAAUCAAUUGGAUCGGUUACUCUCCAGUCUAAAAAUCCUAUUGACUUUCCAGUAAUUGAUUUGAACUACUUUUCCGACCCAAACAAUGAGGACAUUGAAACUAUGUAUCAAGGAGUGAAAUAUGUUUUGAGUUUAUCGAAAACGAGAGCUUUCAGGGAUAUCAACGCCACCUUUAUCGGUCAUCAGCUAGGGUGUGAGGAUCUGAAGAAAAAUGGUUCCGAAAGGGAAUACUGGUACUGUGCUCUCAGACAAUUCUCCACCACAAUUUUUCAUCCUAUGAGCACCACUCGGAUGGGGCGUUCUCCUAAGGAGUCAGUAGUAGAUAGUAAGUGUUUAGUACACAGAACAAAGAACUUGAGAGUUGUGGAUGCUGGAGUGAUACCAAAUAUCAUAAGAGGGCACCCUAAUGCUCCAAUUUACAUGAUUGCGGAAAAAAUAUCGGACGAAAUCAAAAAGUACUACGGCAAACUGUAAAUCAUGUAAUUAUUUGUGUUGGAAAUAUUAUUACUAUCUAUUCUCUUUUUGAAAUAUAUGGGCGAAGUGUAACCUGAGUCAAUAUGUAAAAACUACUCCCAACAAUUAUUUCUUUUUUGAUCAAUACCGUAGAUUGCGGAGGAUGGUGGUGUGAUGACUGCUACCUAGGA